UUGCUUCUUACCGUCGAGCUUCUGCCACAUCGAACGCAUCCGUUACUUUCGUCGGUCCGAUGGAAACAUUCUACAAGUUGGUCGGUGUGGUCACACGACUGAAGGGAAUUCAAUUUCUUGCGACACGCGGUCGACUUUCUAAUGACACUAUCUUCCAAAGACCUUCACACGUCAACCUAGAGUUGUCCAGCGGCCAUGUCCUCAGAUGCGAGCCCUCGCACACAAAUUGAGGCCCUUCUAAGCCUCAUAUCCUCGUCAACACAAGCAGCCAUGUCAGAGUAUGAGAAGACCGGUCAUGGCAUUCCUACCCCCAACUCCUCGAAAUCUCAUCCGUUGGACAAUGAAGCUGGUGCCCUUGCAUUAAGAAGGGCCAUACGGACACUCGAAGCUGCCUGCGAACGGUUAUGCACUACUCUCGCUCAGCCAAUGCACACACUACACAAUCGCGCCAUGCCAUACGAGGCACCCUGCCUCAAAGUUGUCGUUGAGGAAGGGAUAGCUGAUAUUCUUGAAUCCACAGCUUCAAAUAACGCCAAGGGAAUGCACAUUGACGAUAUUGCUACUAAGACGAAGAAUAAAGUUGACCCGGAAAAGCUCAACCAGAUGAUGCUCCUUCUAUCGACUAGAGGGUGUUUCCAGGAAGUGUCGAAGGACGUUUAUGCAAACAACCGCAUGUCACUCCAACUCCUAUCAUCCAAUCCAAUGUCUUCGACCGUCGCGCUCUAUUCGGGAGAGAUCCUCCAGGGCGCCUCCAUGCUACCUGAGGCGCUAGUUCAUCCCGAAUAUGCGUCCAGCAGGGCAGUCAACAGAAGCAGUUUUUCGUAUCUGAUCAGAAACGAGAUGGAGAAUGCUUCGUAUUUCGAUUGGGUCCAGUCAAAUCCACAUUCAAUAAAGCGCUUUCAACUAGCCAUGAAGGGAUUGAGUAGUUCUGUCGGCUCUUCAGAUGCUGUCGUCCAAGUUUAUCCUUGGAAAGAGUUGUUGAAGUCAUCUCUCGCUUCUGGGAAACACUCCUUAACAUUUUGUGACGUUGGCUCGGGACCUGGUGCUAUCGCACUCCAACUCUCCAAAUCUCACAACAAGAAGUUCAAAGUUGUUCUUCAGGACUUGCCUGAACCACUUGAGCACGCGAAGACGAUCUGGUCGGUCGAGCACCCGGGCGGGGAUGUACAGUUUGUUCCUGUGGAUUUUUUGAAAGAAUCACCGGUACCAGGGCAAGAUGUGUAUUUCUUGGGCUACAUCAUCCACGACUGGCCAGACUCAGAUGCAGUUACGAUUCUGAAGAACAUUGCGAGUGUGAUGAAUAGUUCAAGCCGGCUACUACUUCAUGAUUACGUCCUUCAACAUCUCUAUCGUGAUCAGAGCUCUACUGAAUCUAACGUUGAAAUGGCCCCGGAACCACUCCUCCCGAACUACGGUUCUGGCAAUGUCCGAGCCUACAACCACAGCAUCACUAUGCUUGCUCUGUUCAACAGUCGUGAGAGAACUCGCGAUGACUUCGUAGCGCUCGGGCGACAAUCUGGUCUAAUACUGGUGAAGAUAUGGCCAUUAUCAGAAACUUGUCUGGUCGAGUUCAGGUUAGCUUCCCCGAGAUUAGCCGCCUUGUAACGCCAACUUGAAAUCACGAUCCGAACAUGUAAUAUUACAGUGAACGUUCCAAAAAUAAGAUCUUGCCCGGAAGUUUCAUCCAUCCAGAAGUUGUCCAGGGUCCGAUCCUAC